UAUUAGCAUUUGAAUGUAUCCCUGUCCUUAGAGAAAAAUUCAGAGAGCCUGUUCCAAACUGUCUUGAUGGUUGUCCAAGAAUGUGCAAAUGGAGGUUCAAGAGGACCGGCACAACAUGAUUUCCACUUGACAUGAUUUAUCGGACGCUAGGAGAGACAAAGGAGAUUAUCAGUAUUUUGGAACCAGUAGGAUAUGAACUAGACCUUUUGUAUCAAAUCAUGGAUGAAGGGACUUUUGCAGACUUGGAGCUGAAAGAUGAUUGGGAUACGCCAGACAUAGCUGUUGACAGUUGGAACAGGAUCCUACUUCAACCAGGGAGUAAAAUAUUCUGGCCGGAUCUAUAUGAGAUGGAUGUGAGGACCCGAGAGCAACAAGAGGAAGCAGGAGGCGAGGCAGGGGGAGAGGCAGGUCGUGAGAGAUUAAGAGAAUUAGAGGCAGGGGGAAAUGCAGGUGUUGAGGCAGGGGGCGAGCCAGGAGGCGAGGCAGGUCGUGAGAGAUUAAGAGAAUUAGAGUUGAAGUUGAACAAAAGCAUGGAUGAUGGAUUUGCAUUGAGAGACGAAACAAUUCGUCUUCUGACAGCAAGAGUAAAGGAGUUGGAAGAAGACAAGAUUCAGAGAGAAAAUUGGUCAUUCCAAGUUGAAACUGAUUAUGUUUCAGGAGGCAGAAGAAGGGAGGGCGAGAUGCAUGGUGAUAAGGUGGGUGAUAAAGAAGCUGAUAAGGAGGAUGGUGAGGGUGAUAAGGAGGAGGGUGAUGAGGAGGAUGGUGAUGAGGGUGAUAAGGAUGAUGAUGAGGCUGAUAAGGAGGAGGGUGAUGAGGAGGAUGGUGAUAAGGGUGAUAAGGAUGAUGAUGAGGCUGAUAAGGAGGAUGGUGAUGAGGCUGAUAAGGACGGCGAGGAUGGUGAUGAGGUUGACAGUGAUGAUGAUGAGGCUGAUAAGGACGGCGAGGAUGGUGAUGAGGUUGACAGUGAUGAUGAUGAGGCUGAUAAGGACGACGAGGAUGGUGAGAAGCAGAUUGAGGCAGAGGCUGAGAAUGAUGGUGAGAAACAGAUUGAGGCUGAGAAGGAUGGUGAGACAGCUGCUGAGAAGUUAGUGCAAGAUACUGAAGAGAGAUUUGAUGAGGAUGGAGAUGAGCAAUCUACACUUCAGAUUAUGGCAGACACUGCAGAGAGAUUUGAGAAGGCUGCUGCGGAAAAAACUGCUGCGGACAAGACAGAUUCACAGGAUGCUGGUGAGAGGCCAAAGAGGGUGUCCAAGGUUUCUCAUUUGUUGAGGUCUCCUUUUACGCCAAACUAAUUUGGUGAAAUGUUGAACUAUGUUGUGUUUUUGGAACUUGUAUGUGUUUGUUUUAAAACCUAAAACGGAUGAACUUGUAUGUGUGUGUGUUUUAAAAACCUAAAUCCAAUCUUGUAUGUGUAUAAUUAAUUUGGUGGUUGAACAGGUUGCAUU